AUGACUUUCAAGCGUAGGAAUGGAGGACGCAACAAGCAUGGCCGUGGCCAUGUCAAGUUCAUCCGUUGCUCCAACUGCGGAAAAUGCUGUCCUAAGGAUAAGGCAAUCAAGAGAUUUCUUGUGAGGAACAUUGUUGAACAGGCUGCUGUUAGAGAUGUUCAGGAAGCUUGUGUUUAUGACCAAUACACUCUUCCUAAGCUGUAUGUGAAGAUGCAGUACUGUGUGUCGUGUGCAAUUCAUUCUCAUGUUGUGAGAGUCAGAUCUCGCACUGAUAGGAGGAAGCGUGACCCUCCUCAGCGUUUCAUCAGGCGCAGGGAUGAUGCACCAAGGCCUGGUCAGCCUGGUCAAGCGCCUCGCCCUGCCGUAGCUGGAGGAGCUCCUGUCCGCAGUUAA